AUGCCUGCCAAAGUGCCGUUUGUUACGAGAUCUUCGGAUGAGUAUUUCAACUCCAACUGCGUCUUUUCACAAUUAGGAAUGGCUGGUUCUCACACUUCUACACAAUUUCUAGAUGUAACAAACGGAGGAACCGAGUCAGGUGGACGGUUGGUUGUUUAUCUAACGUCCGUAGCUAUCAUUUGGUUGAUUGAUGGUAACUUGAGGAGUCGGGAGCCUCUCGAGGCGCAACUGCCAAACCAAGCAACUGGGGUACCACUGCCGGUAACAGGAUUCCGGAUGACUAGCGUAAUCAGACUUUUGGCAAACAUGGGUAGAGUCAAAGCAGACGACGUCUACGCCGUGGCGGAGGAGUUGUUGCCGUUGCCAAGGUGA